AUGAUCCGGGCGCAGCGUGGUGCUCGGACCUGCAGCUUCUUUAAAGGUAGUCAUGCCAGUGCGGAGUCUGGAGAAGAUGAACCUCUGUUUUCCCCCGGCAUGAUGCCUGUCCUUCCAACGUCUUCCCACAGACAAGACACGACACCCCUCGUCGGCUGGGAGCAGUCCCGCCGUCCAUUCCAUCAAGUGACUGUCGAUGCCGAUCACAAGGCAAGAGGAAGGUUUUAUCAGCGCACGUGCAUCAGCUUCUCUGGAUUCCCUUGCUUGCUUACUUUGGCAUACUCUCAACUCCGUUAUGUCGGCAACCCGGGAGGAUGUUGGUCUCGCAAGAAUGGAAGCCACCACGGCACGGGCUUGUAAAACUGGACAAAGUGGAAACCGCAUCCGUACCAUCAAAGGGAAAAGACCGAUGCCGGUACCGACGCUUGGUCCGGCCAGCCGGGGAUAUCGCAAGGAAUGUGGGUACGGAGCAGUGGAGAGAACGAACUAAACUAUUGAAAGCUGCC